CUUCACUCUCAUAUCACUCCUGCUAUUACAAUCUGGCAACACUUUUGACGCUUUCCUUUAGGGCUCCGACUUUCAUCCGCACCUUAGGGAUAUCCUGCCGUCACCGACCGGCGUGUUGAAUGUACCCCUAAACCAAGAAUUCUCAACGUUUCGUUGGACUGUCUAAGAAACACCUGUCAUUUUCGGUGCGAGCCCGCCGGCCUUCCUAUAGUUCUCGCUGCACAACGUCCAACGAUGGGUGGAUCGCUCUCCAGACUCUUGUCCUUUGGAUGGUGGGCGAAGAAAGAAAUACGUAUCUUGAUUCUGGGACUUGACAAUGCUGGGAAGACGACACUUCUCUAUCGCCUCAAGAUUGGCGAGGUUGUAACCACGAUACCUACAAUCGGAUUCAAUGUCGAAUCUGUCACAUAUAAGAAUCUCAAUCUCAACGUUUGGGAUCUCGGAGGACAAACGUCGAUACGCCCCUACUGGCGAUGCUACUACGCCAAUACAGCCGCCGUUAUAUUCGUCAUUGACUCGACAGAUAUUGAGCGACUAGGCACAGCGUCAGAUGAGCUAGCAGCAAUGUUAAAUGAAGAGGAACUCCGUGACGCGGCCCUUUUGGUUUUUGCAAACAAGCAGGAUCAACCAGGUGCCAAGGGCGCUGGAGAAAUUUCAGAGGCGUUGAAGUUGGGUGAACUGAGAGACAGGAAUUGGAGUAUAGUUGCUUGUUCUGCUAUUGAUGGUAAAGGCAUUGACGAAGGUAUGGAUUGGUUGGUGCAAACUGUUCAGUCAGAAAAUUCAUGAGACCAGGUUACCUAGCUUCUGCAUUGCUCAUCACUAAGGAACUAUUACGCAUAGCUCCUGUCGGUUAUUCCACCGCAUAGUUUCCUGCAUUUGUGAAGGCGCGUUUUCUUUAAUACAGGCCAUGACACAUUCACUAUAUCCGUCUUUAUAUAUCCGACCUUGCGCCUCAGCGAGUACACAUACGGAGGGAUUUUUGAUGCUAGAUAUAGGAAGUUUGGGUUUAAAGCAAAGCAUCCACGGUCCCAAAUUGAUCGCUUCGAAUGUCGGCAAGCCUAGAUGCCGUCUCCAACGAAAACCCAUCAGUUAAGAGCCGGUAUUGUGCGGCGACCGGGAGGAAAGAGCAAUUUAUCCGACCGGGUAUUUCUGUUCCGUGGAAUAAAUUUUUUAUCCGAGAUAU